UCAAAGUUAUGAUUGUCUUGGUCCCUUGCCCCACGAAACAUGUCUAUAUGCUGAAAACUUGAAAAGUACAACUUCCCCCCUACCUUUACCUUCAGUCUUGCACCACUGUAUGAACAAAUAAAAAAAGAGAUACAGAAAGAUGAAGGAAACUAUUCCAGUGAUUGACCUUGAGAAGAUUUCAGAUCAAGUAGAGCUCAACAAGCUAAGAGAAGCAUGUGAAAAUUGGGGUUGUUUCAGGAUCAUCAACCACUCUAUUACAGCAACUCUCAUGGCAGAGAUGAAGAUGGUGAUCGAAACUCUGCUUGACCUUCCUAUGGAGAUCAAGAUGCGCAACAUAGACGUUGUUGUUGGCAGUGGCUACAUGCCACCAAGUGCUACCAACCCUCUCUAUGAAGCUUUAGGCCUCUAUGACUUAGGUUCCUCACAAGCUGUUCAGGAUUUCUGCUCCCAACUUGAUGCCUCACCCCAUCAGAGGCAAAUAAUGGAGAAAUAUGGCAAAGCAAUUCAUGAUUUGGCAGCAAAAGUAGGACAAAAGAUGGCUGAAUCACUAGGCAUACAAGGUGCUGGUUUUGAGGACCGGCAAUACAUGCUUAGGAUUAACAAAUAUAACUUCACCCAAGAAGCUAUAGGGUCACUUGGAGUUCAACUACACACAGAUUCAGGGUUCCUGACAAUUGUCCAAGAUGAUGAAAAUGUCGGUGGCCUUGAAGUGAUGGACAAUGAUUCUAGCUCAUUUGUGCCUGUGCCUCCAUUUCCGGGAUCCCUUCUUGCAAAUCUCGGAGAUGUUGCUCAUGUAUGGAGCAAUGGAAGGUUUUGCAAUGUGAAGCACCGUGUACAAUGCAAGGAAGCCGCGAAACGUUUGUCGAUUGCUACAUUCAUGUUACCACCAAGGGAUGGAAAAGUUGAAGCCUCAGAAGAGGUAGUGGACCAUGAUCACCCACGUUUAUAUGAGCCUUUCAAUUAUGAAGAUUAUAGGAAGCUCAGACUCUCAGAGAAAAUGUACACGGGUGAAGCACUUGAGCUCUUACGCUUGGCCUAGUUGUUAAUUGGGACUUGGAAUAUAUUCAUGGAUAUUGAUCCCCUACUGAAUGACCAUUGUGCAAUAUCAAAGAUUUUAAUAUGUUGUUUGAAUUGUCUUCUUAAUUAUAAUUAAAAAAACAGAAAAACUUUCAUACGA